CAUACCUCAUUCCUACAAAACCUUCCUCCCUAAACAUCUCUCCUCUUUCACAACUUGUUCGCAACUAGUGUGCCGCCCCUCUCAAUUAUGGGUGUUCCGUACUAUAUCCGCAUUAGAGAGCAUGGCCUCACCAACCCCCAACUCCCCGAGCGUGGACAGCUCGGGCAAUUGCUCUCAACGAAUUUUUACCACUACUCCGGCGGCAUAUUGGUCGAAUCGAGUGAAAAUUUUGAGCACAAAGCCCUUCACACCACGAUGACAGUCCUAACUACCAGCCGGAUAUACUCUCAGAAGUCCAUUUAUACCGCACGUGGAGAUUUUUCGGUGCUAAGUGAAGGGGUGGAUACAUAUUCCUGGCAGGUCUUGAGGCCCGAGGUCCACGAUGGCAAAUGCACUCUGCGGUUUGUCGGUGACCAAAUAAACCCGAUGGUGAAUACCCAGCUUUCCUGGUUGAAGGCUCUGGCAGGCGCCUCCAAUGUUCGAGAGUGCGGUGAUUCGCAGGCACUCAAAGCUGCCGGCGAUCCUGCAAUAUUCUGGGGUCUUAUAGCUCUGAGCAUUGAGAGAGGUGUGCAGCCAUCAGGACUUACGGAGGUAGUUAAUCGAGGGGACUGGAGGAUACCACCUGAGGAGAAACACACGGGACGAGUCGUCGUCGUCGAUAUAUGUUGCGAUCCUAGAACCCCCAAGCCUAAGGAUUAUGAUUAUGAGUUCCCUGGCUCUUAGGCGGAUGUGCAGUGCCGGUGCCUGACCAGCAACAGCGGAUUCUUUCUGUCUUCGUUUCGUUUCCUUGCUUCCAAGCACAUUUUUGUACGUUUCCCUGUUCAACACCUGGGUCAUUCAUAUUAGCACC